AUGCGCAUGCGGCCGAACCUUUCACGGAGUGGGAAGACCCGAUCCUCAAUUCUCAAGCUCAACGGCCAUCCCGGUAGAUCAUUGUCCUACCUCUCAAUACAGUCGAGGCGUGGACAAGCAUGUGGCACCAUCUCCGCUCACCGACGUCCAUCUGUAUCUGUACCAUGUGCUGCCCACGCUCGAAUCGCGCUGUCGCAACGGCGAAAUCUCAGUUCUAGCUCACGUCGGAAGGGCAUAUGGGAUGAUGACGAUGAGGUCUUAAAGCCGGCCCCUGUUCAACCAGCUCGAUCCGCUCAGCCAGCCCGGCCUUACCAGCCACUGCGAACAGCCGAGUCGACCAAUCGCGCAGCGCGGCACCGUAAUGUGGGUAGCUUGCUUCGGUCGAGGGUUAGCGCAAAGCAACUGGCGGAUAACUUGGCGAGGAUUCAACAUGAUUUUGAAAAGCUUCCCUCGCAUGAUCUGUUGAUUGAAACCUUCCUCGAAUUGAAGUACACGCAUCUGGGUGAUCUGAUCUCAGAAAGCGCAAGGGCUGUUCAAAGCUACCAGGCUGAUGCGCAGGCUCUCACAGAUUGCCUCAACAAGCAAAUCGAUGAUAUAAUCUUACAAUUGACGCACGACGUUGCUCACUCGGAGAGAGUCACUCAGACAUAUGUGUCUGAAUUCGAUAAUUUGGCAAACUCUAUACAACAGCGGCUGGACGCAGUCCUUUCAGCAGCCGAUGCGAGAGUAUCAGAAGCAAAUGCCGUUACACAGCAAAUUGGGGCUGAAGUGGAAACACUAUCAUCUUCGAUAUCGAAAGAAUUCACUAAUAUGGUUGCACUGAGUGUCUAUGACGUCCGGCAAGCUGAAAAAGUUACCCGAGGGUACAUGGUUGAAUUGAAACGCCUCUCGUCUUCCAUCCAGGGUUUGGGCUUCCUGGACGCUUCCGUUUCGAAAUCGCAACGUGCAAUUGCAAGAAUCGACCAUGAUUUCUGCACCAUAGCCUUCUGGCCAGUUCCAAAGUGGUCGCGUGACAUCAAAAAAUCCGGGCUCGAAAUCGACCGCUGGAGAGUAGAGACAUGCAUUUCCGCAACAAAGAUACUAGCUUCUCGAGUCCGUUCAUCGGCGAUAGCCGUUGCUUCAUUGCAAAAACAAUUCCUCUGGGAAUUUCUGCAACCUCGCCGGAGGGCACAAAAUCGAGUGGAUGGAAUCCUUGCUCCGCUGGAGCAGUCCAGGGUUGUAUACAGUGAGCUGCAGCGAAAAUUUGCGGCGACGUUGGAAAUCUCCCCUCAAAUUCACUUGCUUUGCAGAGAUCUGAGCAAAGCGAGUUCUUUUGGUGCCGAGGAUGCGCUGCGAUUUGCUGAGCUCCGCAGCUCAGGCGCUGAGCUUAGUCUCGAGCUGCGCCGGCGCGCUCAUACUUGGCGCGCAGCCUGGCGCGAGACGCAAUAUGCCAAACAUGGUUUAAACAAGAUGGAUCGCUGGAACUUGAACCAUAUCACCCGACACGCCUCCAAAGAUCGCAAAGAGAUUGUUCUUUCUACCUUGCGGGGCUCGAAUGAAAUCCUGGAAGCGAAUCAAGAAAAGGUGCGCGCCAAGCUUAGCACGAAAUAUAUGCAUCUCGAACCAUCUUCCAUCUACUGGACACAGCUAAACACAACAGCCCUGUUUGAGCUUACUAAUUUGAUGAUGUGGCGCCUUCACUCUGAGGUCGAUUACCUUCGAUUCGGCCUCAUAGGGGCAUUCGGGCCAUUGUGGUCAUGGGUGCCCAGAGAGACUAUAUCAUCUAAAUCGCAUGACUUGUCGCUAUGGUGCGCCCAGUUUUCAGCUUGUCGAAGUGAUUUCCGAGCAGAUUUUGCUGAAUUCAAAUACUUGAACUGGCUGCGCCUCCUUCGAGAACGCCAGUUAGGCAUACAGCACCGGGUCUCCGAGGGGAUCAAACCACUGGAGGGGAGCCAAAAAGCUCGUGAACUCAAUCGACUCAAGACUGCUCUGAUAAGCAGCCGGUCGGGAUCUGUGAGGCCCCGACCCUGGCGUAAGAGCUUGGAUGAGACUCCUGGAGAGCCAUUUACAAAAUGGCUCGAUCUCAUGGCAAAAUGUUCUCAGGAUGCUUAUCUCGUUUCGGCUGUCCGUGAAUUCGAGCCCGCUCAAUGGGAACAACUGUAUGAUGCGUGGGACCUAGCACGAACAAAUCAGUCGUUCACUCCCGAGCUUGGCUCUCUAGUGCCGUCUCCAGUGCGGCUCCCCCGAAACAAGGGAAUCGCUGAUUCCCCUCGGGCAUCUUCUCUUCAUGAUCGUCACAGAAAUAGCAAAUGGCUGCCGCUACCCGCAGAAGGCACAAGAAAACGCAGUGGUGGAAAGAACCGCUUUAGGUAUGAUGCGAGGAAAGCGGAAUUGCGAGAUCAUGAAGUGUUGCAAGACCACCCUGAAGAACAAAACCAAAAAAGCGUUGGUGUUUCAACGCCACGUCGCCAGACUCAACCCACAACCCGGCUGCCAGGAGCUAAGCCUGGUGUUGUUUCAUCGUUCUUCAACUCUUCACGGAGCGCAGGCCAGAGGGGGUACAGCACAGAUGCAAGCUCUCAAUUCUCAGAGCCCCAACACCCUGGUGAUCUGAGCCGCAAAAUCCUCCGUGAGCGCACAACUGAGGAUGAACUCUCGUCAGUCACCUGUGAAACCCAGCCUCUGAUAGAAAUCCUUCCUGCGGAUGACCAGGCACCUCAUUUGAAAGACGAGAUAAAUGCGAAUGAAACCUCGUCGCCACUUUUCUGGACCCACAAAUCACAGCAAAGCCCCAGUGGUGAUAAAAUCGUCGUCCACUAUUGCCGGUCACUCAAAAGCACCGAGGCAAUGGUUCAGCACUUUCUGGGAAGCAAAGUCAUCGGCUUUGACAUGGAGUGGAAAUCAUCGGCAUCCAGUCGUGACGGCAUAAAGGAUAACGUAUCGCUCAUUCAAAUCGCCAACGAGGAGCGCAUAGGCCUCUUCCAAGUUGCUCUUUUCCCUGGCAGGACUGAGAAAGAUUUAGUGUCACCAUCACUAAAGCAACUGAUCGAGAACCCCGAUGUGCUGAAAGUCGGCGUUUCAAUCAAAGCGGACUGCACACGGCUGCGCAAGUAUCUGGGUAUUGAUGCGAAAGCCACUUUCGAGCUCAGCCAUUUGUUCAAGCUAGUCAAGUUCGGCAAGAACGAACCGAAACUGGUGAACAAAAGGGGUGUCAAUCUGAGCGAUCAAGUGGAAGAGCAUCUUGGUCUCCCUCUCGAUAAGAACGAGGAUGUGCGCUGUGGAGACUGGACUCGUACAUUGAAUUACCAGCAGGUUCAAUAUGCCGCUACUGACCCGUAUGCCUGUGUUCGUCUCUUCCAUGUCAUGGAAGCUAAAAGGAAGGCUAUGAGCCCGAUGCCACCUCGCCCUGCGUUUGCUGAACUAGGUCAGCCUAUCAUCGUUCCAUCUCGAGAUGCAGUCAUCGAGGAAGAUAUACUGGUGUAA